CCCAAACGGCCACACUGUCAAUACUAAGCACCUCGUUUUGUUUAAAAAAAAAUCAAAAAUGAGUAAAUACGACUCAAAGUACCUGGAAGACAAGCUUAAAAAGGAAUUGCAGACGGAGUACGUGAGUGUAACGGACGAAUCGGACGGGUGUGGCGGCAAAUUCAGCGCAAUCAUUGUGACACCGGCCUUCAACGGCAAAACCCUGUUGCAAAAACAUAGAUUAGUCAACUCCACACUGGCAGAAGAACUCAAAGAAAUCCAUGCAUUCUCCCAGAAAUCGUACACGCCCGAAGAGUGGGAGAAAGUGAAAGCCCAAUAGUAAUACCAAAAUCGACAACAACAAAAAGACCAUCAUAUACAUACAACAACAAUCACAGUCCGCAAUAACCUGUUGUUCGUUUGUUGGUAGUUGCGCUUUAGCGUGUGACGAUCUGAUCGAAGAAACGAAAACCCGAAAAAACGCCAGUCGAACAAAGAAAGUGAAAGGGAAAGCACAGGAAUCGGCACGCUGAUAUUGGAGUUACCAAAUAAACAAC